GUUUCAAGUGCGGAAGUAGUCGAAUCAAAACAAACGCCGCUCUACGGUUUUACGCCUUCAACAACUUUCAAUGUGUUUGACAUAAUUCAAAACGUGAAUUAAACAAAGCUUCAAACCAGCAUACCAACUCUUCAUGGAGACUCCUGAUCCUGGCCCAGCAGAUGGGGAGGAGCGUCCAGUGGAGCUGCGACCGCGGACUCGCUCGAACCCAGAAGGUGCUGAGGACCGCCGCAGCAGCACCGGGAGUCUUGGAGGCAACGGAAGUCCGAGCAUGUCUCAGCCUGCGGUUGGCAGUCGUGUGGAAGGUGAGGGUGAAGCCUCCACCAGUGAAAGUCUUCCCAGCUCCACCACGACCACCCCGGUGAAUUCCGUCGCUGCACAAUCCGCCCCGCCGGCCACUGCAGUGAGUGCAGCCAGCGCAUCAAUGCCGCUUCCUCUUGCAUCUACCAAAGAAAGACCAAAACCCAUACCACUGCAGCCCACUCUGCCCUCAGCAACUCCCCCAUCAGCUGAAUACCAGCUCAGAGUCCCCCGUGUUAAUUGUCCCGAGAAAGUGAUCAUCUGCUUAGACCUGUCUGAGGAAAUGUCGCUGCCAAAGCUUGAGUCUUUUAAUGGCUCUAGAACAAACGCACUGAACAUCUCCCAGAAGAUGAUUGAGAUGUUUGUCAGGACCAAACAUAAGAUUGACAAGCGGCACGAAUUUGCUCUGGUGGUGAUUAAUGAUGACGCUCUUUGGCUUUCAGGGUUCACGUCUGAUCCCAGAGAACUCUGCAGCUGUCUCUAUGACCUAGAGACCAACGUAUGCGAGUCAUUCAAUCUGGAAGACCUCCUCAACGUCAUUCGUCAGAAAAUUGAGCUGCCAUCAAUGGAGAACGUUCAGACAAUCCCUCCUCCAUACGUGGUGCGAACUGUGCUCAUCUACAGCCGCCAUGCCGGCACUUUACAAUUUAAUCCCUCUGAGGCAGUAAAUAAAAUGCUGCAGUCACCAUACUUCUACUUCGACGUGGUUUAUCUUCACAAUGGUGUGGAUGAUCAGGGCGAUGAGACGAGCUGGAGGGACAACUACACCUCCUUCUGUAACCUGGACUCUAAGGGAAUGUGCUACCGCUACGAGGUUUCUCUGUGCGGUCCAGCUAUUGAGCUGCACAACUGCAUGGCCAAACUCUUGGCACAUCCUCUCCAGAGGCCCUUCCAGAGCCACGCAUCCUACAGCCUGCUGGAGGGGGACGAGCCCCAGGAUGUCGAGGCCACGGUCUAGAGCUGAAUUUGCACACUGGAAAACUGCAGUGCACAUCCAGCUUGUCUUUCUCACAAGUCGCCAUCCAGUACAUGGCAAAAUCACCACAAUUGGGUGCCAACUCACCUUUUUUGUGAUGCUGUUGAUUCAACAUUGCACAGCUCCCAUCAGAUCUGAAUUGGAACUUACAUUUCUGAUAGUCGGCUUCUCAUGUUAUGGGCUGCAGUGUUACUCAUUUGUGGGUCAGUCUGCAGCAUUGAUUAUUUUUCUCUGAAUGCCAAGAAAGUUGGACUCAUGUCUCAAGUCAAGCUGCAUUUAAACCUCUGUACAUACAACUGUUUUAAAAUGUUUCUGAACAUUGAAUAAAAACAUGUUUAUUGGGAAUUUCAAACAAUCACUUCUCAAAGCAGGUAGAGAGCAUCACGCCAGUGUCCCAUGGUUGGUAUGAGGACUGAGAAGUUCCUUAGUCAUUAGUCUUGAUAACUGAAAAUGAAAAGGCCUGUAUAUGAUACUAUUAAAAAUAUGAGAUAAACUGCAUUGUCCCAGUAGAUAUACAGAAUUCCAUGCGGUGGCCCCAGAGUUUUGGCCUUUACUACUCUUUUGAUUUGCAGGCCGAUUUUGUCGGGAUGGAAAGCGGCUGCACCACCCACAUACUCACAUUGGAUAAGGCAUGUAGUCUACAAUUAUAAAAAUGAAAAUCUGUGUCUCAGAGAGAAAGCUUUGAGACACCUGGAGAUCUUUUUUAGCGCAUUUUGAUGAACCGAUAGUGGUGGGCCCACACAUGUCACUCAUCUGUAAAGCUUAUAACCUACAACUCAAUCUGUCUUCAUCUUCCUUUUUUGAAUGUAUCUGGUGUGAUGUAACAGGGAAGAGGGGAUCAGGGUUGGAGAGGGAUUGUGGUGUUGGUCUGUGUAUGUCUAUUAUUGUUUCUAUUUUUAUUGACAAUGUUAAAAUCAAUAAAAAUGUUCAGAGUAAACUACACAAAA